UACGGAACUUAGAAACAUAGAGUAAGAUGGAGAUAUGUUCACUACCUGUUCCAGCCAAGAACGGCAAGAGCUUAGAUGAAAUUCGUAAAUCUGCAAAAUUUCAUCCAUGCAUAUGGGGCGACUUCUUCCUCAAAUAUAAUUCAGAUAACACGAAAAUCACUGAUGCUGAACAAGAAGAACUCACAAUGAAAAAAGAAAUGGUCGGAAAAUUGCUUGCAGAAACUUCAGAUGAUUUACCGUGUAAAUUGGAACUCAUCGAUGUGAUUCAGCGCCUAGGAGUGGAAUACCAUUUUGAAAAAGAGAUCAAGGCAUCCUUGAAAUAUAUUCAUGAUAAAUACAAGCACCAAAAUGGCAAAGACAACGAUGAUCUUCGCAUUGUGGCUCUUCGUUUUCGUCUACUUAGACAAGAAGGUUACAACGUCCCAUGUGACGUGUUCCGCAAAUUCAUUGACAAUGAAGGAAAUUUUGUGGCAUCGUUGGAAAAUAAUGUUGAAGGUUUGUUAAACUUAUACGAGGCAGCACAUUUUGCAACAAAUGAGGACGAAGUGUUGGACAAAGCAAUAGAGUUUUGUUCGUCUCAUCUUCGUGCUUCACUACUCAACAAGAUGGCCAAUGUUUCUCUUUCCAAACGUGUUAAUGAAGCCUUGAUUAUGAACAUGCCAAUUCGAAAGACUCUCACAAGAUUGGGUGCCAGAAAAUUCAUAGCUGUAUACGAAAAAGACGAGACGCGCAGUGAAAUGGUGCUGAAUUUUGCGAAAUUGGAUUUCAAUAUUGUGCAGAAGAUGCACCAGAGAGAGCUCAGUGAUGCUACAAGGUGGUGGAAGAAAUUGGACGUGGGGAACAAAAUGCCUUAUGCAAGAGAUAGACUUGUGGAGUGCUUCUUUUGGAUGCUUGGAGUCUACUUUGAGCCAUGCUAUGCUAAAGCAAGAAGAAUAUUGCUUAAAUGCAUAAGUAUGGCUUCCAUCAUCGACGACACGUAUGAAUAUGCAACGCUAUAUGAACUACAAAUUUUGACUGAUGCGAUUCAACGUUGGGAUGUUAACGCGACGUUGGAGGAUUCGCCACCGUACAUCCAAAUGUGCUACAGAAGCCUUAUUCAAACGUAUAUUGAAAUAGAAGAUGAAAUGGAGAAGACGGGAGAAUCAUAUCUUGUCCACUAUGCAAUAAAAGAUAUGAAAAAAUUAGUGAUGGCAUAUUUUGAAGAGCCAAAAUGGUUGUAUAAUAAGUAUAUUCCAACGGUGGAGGAGUACAUGAAGGUGUCCAUUGUAUCAUGUGGUUACAUGACACUGUCAACUACUUCUUUACUAGGUAUGGGAGAUCAAGUGAGGAAAGAGGAUAUCGAUUGGAUUAUAAAUGAACCUUUAAUAGUUCGAGCAUCGUCAACAAUUUGUCGAUUAAUGGACGAUUUAGUCGGAGAUGAGUUUGAGCAGAAAACGUCAUCGGUGGAUUGUUACAUGAAACAAUAUGGUAUGUCGAAGGAGGAAGCUUGUGCUGAACUCCAACGACAAGUGAAGAAUGCGUGGAAGGAUAUGAAUCAAGAAUGCCUCGAGCCAAGGCCGGUGCCUAUGCCAAUCCUUAUGCGUGUUUUCAAUCUUGGUCGCGUCAUCCACCUUCUCUAUUCAGACGACGAUUGCUAUGCCAAUCCCAUCAAGUCCAAAGAAUGGAUCGAGAUGGUGCUUGUUGAGCCCCUCAAUAUUUAAGCUACUAGUCAAUGAUACAAUAAUAAAGUCUGUCGUCUAGGCCUUGAAUUUCUUCUAUCUAUAUGUUGUAAUCACAUAUUAACACUUUCGAAAUUGAAGUUUAAAACAACUUUCUACA